UGACAAUAAUUAUGGACUAAUUUUUGUCAGAAAUAUUUCAUCGUGAGAUGUGCGUUUCAAAUACCUAAAUUCAGUUGUAAUUAUACGUCUUGAAAUGUUGUGUCCACUGAGGUAACUGGAUUACAUAAAAGAUGAAGCAAACAGUGAACCGAUGGAAGCAGUUUAAAGCUGGAUAUACAAAAUACAGAGGAAAAUUAAAUAAGUAUAUUCCAUCUGGAUCGGCACGACAAUUUCCGCUUGAACCAUGGCAAUAUUUCAAUGAUUUAAAUUUCCUUGAGAAAACUGUCGCUCACCGCAAUUUCAGGAAAGUUUCACCGAAUUUCUUAUGCUAUCUGGGUAGCUUUUGCAGUAACACGUUUUCAAAUAUGAUAUAUUCCUGCAUUUUCCGAUCGAGUAGGAAGAGGAAAAACAAGAAGAAGAGAAAGCAGAAGAUCAAACUGGCCCAUUGGGAGGGACAAAUCAGACGACAUCUAAUGAAUAUUUGCUGGUUCUGAGAGACGAUUGAAACAUAAUUCCAUUUAUUUCUCUUAAAAAACAGAUUAGAAUUAUAGGGACUACAAAACUUCUUUUCAGGCAGUCGUCCUAAGGGCCUUUUCACAUGAUCGUUCAUCAGUAACGGUACAAGCUAUAAUAAAAAAUUGUUAUUACAAA